GACGAGCUCAGACUUCUCCCCCGCAGCCCUGGAAGACGUUCCAAGGGUGUUUGGAGCCCGAUUUGUCGGAGCUCAGUCCGUAUCAGAAGGAUACGUAGUUUUGGUGGAGGGUGAGGGAUCCGGACCCUCAGUGCGUCCCUCCGACUUUUUACUUUCAAUUUUGCGCCAUAGCCGAGUGGUGCGCUUGACUGUUGCUUGUUUGAUUGUUGGGUGUGUUUGUCUUGUUUGCUCUCUAAUUUACCUUGAAACUAACAUGGGACAGUCUUUAACAACGCCGUUGAGUCUUACUCUCGACCACUGGAAGGACGUCCGGGACCGAGCAGAUGAACAAGGGGUCGAAAUUAAGAAGGGGAAGUGGCAGACUCUCUGCACUUCUGAGUGGCCCACUUUUGGAGCCGGAUGGCCGGUGGAUGGUACUUUUAACAAAACUGUUAUUUUACAGGUCAAGGAUCAGAUCUUCCAUAAAGGACUACAUGGACAUCCUGACCAGGUGCCUUACAUUAUCACCUGGGAAAGCCUUGCCUUUGAGCCCCCUUCUUGGGUGCAACCAUUUGUAGAUUUAAGCUGGCCCCCUACUCCCUCGGCCCCACUUGCUCCUCUCUCAACCCCUUCCUCUCUCUUUCCUGUCCGGACCAAGAAGGAAUCUCCUAAAACUACAUCUAAACCUAAGCCGGUGCUUCCGGAAGAUUCUAACUCUCCCCUUAUAGAUCUCUUAUCUGAGGAGCCUCCUCCAUACCCUGUAUCUACCAGGUCACCUCAGGAGGCAGAAGCAAGAUCGUCUGCCCUCCCAGAAGCUGAACCCCAGUCUGAGGCAGCAUCCUCUCCAAUAGCAGGGAGACUACGCCAUAAGCGGGAAACAGUACCGGAUUCGACUUCGCAGGCCUUUCCCCUUAGGGAACGGGAGGGCAGACCCAGUAUUGGCCUUUCUCCGCGGCCGAUAUUUACAACUGGAAGCAGCACAACCCCCCUUUUUCCAAGGACCCAGUGGCCCUUACUGAAUUAAUAGAAUCUGUUUUACUUACACAUCAGCCCACUUGGGAUGAUUGUCAGCAGCUUUUACAGGCCCUUUUGACUUCGGAGGAGAAACAGAGGGUGUUUCUGGAAGCCAGGAAGCAUGUCCUGGGGGAUGAUGGGCGUCCUACUCAACUGCCUGAUGCACUUGAUGAUGCAUUUCCACUCACAAGGCCAAACUGGGACUUCAAUACGG